AUGGGCCGUUUUACACCCCAAGAACUUGGAAUAAUCGUGUCAAUGUUCUUACGGAAUAAUUCAUCAGUGAUAAAAACACAACGUGAAUUUCGUCGACGAUUUCCUGCAAGAUCACCCGAUCUGACGAGUCCUCUUUCUUUGGGGUUUUUUGAAAUCUCGGGUGUAUGUGAACAAGCCACAGACUCUCGCAGCUCUAAAAGAAAACAUUCAUCAAGAAAUAAGGACCAUAUCGCAGGAAGUAUUACGGCAAGUUAUGCAAAAUGUCAUAAAUAG